CUUUCGUUCAACCUCUCCAAUGUUCCUUCUAGGCUUGCCAAUUCUCUUCCCUUCUCCCUCGAUUUUUCUCCCAAUUUUCCACCGAUUUUCGACCUCCCCUCUCAAAGCCGAAGCUUCCCCUUUUAUACAGAAACAGGGAGAACCCAAACCCUUUUCUAAUUCUAAAUUCUUAUCUCAAUCCCUAAAAUUACAGAUAAUAAUCUAGCUCUAUUAGAAUUUGAAAUUCUAAAACUAAUCUAGUUCUUUACACAUCUUCCCUCUUUUAAGGCUAGAUUCAUACCUUUUAUGCAUUAGGACUCCCACCUUGAAUCAAUUUCGGACUCUUUGGAGUUGAUGACUUACGGUUUGUACAUCCUUAUCCAAAUCCUUCGAUUGGCCGAGCUUAUCUUCAAAAAAUAUCCCUUUGGCAUCAUGUUGGAGCUGAUUGAGAAGGGAGGGCUCAGACAUGGCUCCAUGCAUACAGCCACUGCACUGCACGAAGAUUUAUCAACAAAGAGCAGAGAACCUCAUCAACAUCAAACUGUUUAUGCAGACCAGUGCCAUAAGCUGGACAAUGAGAAAAUGUCAAGUGAGAAGUCAGAGCCAGAAAUCGGAUUUCCUUUUGUCAAUUCUUGGAGUGACACAUGCCUGGAAUUUGCAAUCAAGACUCUUACUGCUUCAAUACCAUUGGAGGAUGCUGCCAUUGAUGGGCUUGUUUCUCCUCCAGCUACUAAUAUCCUGCAAGAAAAGAAUCUAGGUGAAGCUAUUAAUGGAAGUUCCAGACUGGUAAAGACUUCAUUAGACUAAAACAAGUCAAAGACAAAGAAGAAAGAGCUCAACUUGCCCUGUCAAUCUUCGAAACAACUUUCCAGGCUUGCAACCCAGCUGGUGGUGAAUUCAUUGUCCCCUGAACAGACCUUUACGGUUGAAGGAAGAAAUUCUUUUGGUGAAGAAGUCUUUCAGAAUGCAGGUUUAGUUUCAGAGAAAUUAGUGGUUGGAGCAUGUCAACAGCUUCAGGCUGAGCCAAUAAUGGGGCUUAGGCAUGGCUUCAGAUGCACAGUUGGUGCAUUGCAUGAAGAAUCAUCGAGUAAAAGCAAAGAACCUCUUCAAGAUCAAACUGUUCCUUACAGUCCAAUGCCAGAAGCCAGACUAUGGGAAUAUCCAUGAUGCGAAGUCAAAGCCCAGUUCUUAUUUCCCUACGGAGAUUCUCGGUCUGAACCAUGCCUGGAGUUUGCAUUCAAGACUAUUACAGGUGCAAUUGCAGUGGAGGAUAAUCUUGCUGUACAGGAUUACUUCCAGCAACAACUUGAACCAUCUAGCACCAAGAGGGAUGGUGACUCUGCACUUCAAGAUUUUGGUUUGCCCAACUUUUUCAAAGCUGAUAUUUCAUCUCACUUUGAUACACAAGAAAAACCACCUCUUAGGCAGCAACCACCUGCAAAUGUGAGCUUAUCUAGUGGAGGUGAUAUUGGUUCUCAACAACCUUCUGCUUGAGGGGCAAAGUGAUCUCCUCCAGUUUUCCUCCUGUAAAUCUGGUAGGCAUCGAGGAAAUAGCAUUACGUACUUUUUGCACCGAUCGCUUUGUGCAGUUUUGGCCUUUUUUCCUUUUUUUUUUUUUUUUUUUUUUUUGUGUG